AUGCGGCUUCAGGCGGCGCUUUUCCUCGCAUGCGUGUCACCAGUGGCGGCCAUCUACAGCGACGAGAUCGACCACGUUGACUUUCACCACGGCCUCGUUGGAGCACCCUCCCCCGAUUCCACCUUCUUCCUCAAGCCGUCCUCCGCCUCCAAUGCCUCGCUUCUGUACACCCUAUCCGACAAACUAAUCCUGGGUGCGGUCAACCCCCGCGAUGGCACGCUGGUCUGGCGGCAGAACCUCUCGCGGUCGGCAGGCGCUCCUGCCCGCGAGGCGGGUCUCCUGCGCGGCUUGGAUAGGAACAACGCUGUCGUUAGCGCGGUUGGCAAUUACAUUUCGUCGUGGUCCACCCAUGAUGGCAAACUUGUUUGGGAAGAUAGCUUCGCCGAUGGUGUGGUCGCGGAUCUCAAGCUGUUGGGGCUGGAGGAUGAGAGUUUGAGUGCUGGGACGAGAGAUACGAUUGCGCUGUUUCGCGGCGAGAAAGGUGGGGUUGUUCGACGACUCGAUGGUGAUUCAGGGAAUACCAUGUGGGCAUUCAAAGAUGACCUUGGCGACAUUCCCUUCCAAGUGUCGACGUCUGCGAAUGAACUCUUCUAUAUCUCGCUUCAAUCGGCGCUGUUGAAAGGCUACAGGAUCAAGGUCAAUACAUUGAAUCCGUCGACGGGUGAGCAGACUAGCCUGCAGGUCCUCAAUUCGGAGAAUGAGGUCACCAACCCCAAUUCCAUUCUUUUCGUCGGUACCAACACGGCCUCUCCGUUCAUCAUUUGGACCGACAAGUCGCACAAGUCAUUGAAGUUCAAUCUUCUUGGCACCGACAAGGUCAAGGAUAUCCCUAUCUGGAACCCCUCCGGCGAGCGGAUCCAGCAGCUCACAAUCCAUGCGCCUCAAAAGCUUGACUCUCCCUCGCAUUUCCUAGUCAAUUUUGUGACUGAGAAGUGGGGGUGGGCUGAGGUGUACCAUGUGAACUUGAAGUCCAAAACUGUGAAAAAGGCGUUUCACCUGCCUUAUGUGUCGGGUCAAUCUAUCGUCGCGACCAGUGAAAUUGACAACAGAGCGUACUUCACUCGUUUCACAGAUGAAGGUGUCUUUGUUAUCUCGUCCGCCUCGGAUAGAGUUCUGCGCAGCUGGCGCUUGCCGAGACCCUCACCAGAUCGUGCAUUUCACACAGUCUCGGAAGUCGUCAAGAAGGGAAAGGCUGUGGCUGUUCGGUCGGCGAUCCUUCACCAGUCUGGGGAUUGGGAAUUCAUUCGAAACGGCCAACCACAGUGGACUCGUCAUGAAACGCUGAUCGAUGCUGUGGCAGCCGCCUGGGCUGAAACCGACGACCAGGAAGACUUGGCACAUGAGCUGGAGGUUGAGGGCCAUGAAAGCUUGCAAGGUGCCUAUAUCCAUCGUGUCAAGCGUCAUCUGCGGGAUCUGCAGUAUUUGCCCGACUGGUUGAGAGGACUUCCCCGGCGUGUUCUUGGUAGCAUUUUGUCCGACGAGGUGACAAAUUUGAACAGCUUUGGCCUUUCUAAACUGGUCAUCGUUGCUACUAAGAAUGGGCUUGUCCACGCCUUGGACACUGGCAACCACGGCGCAGUUUCGUGGAGCAUCCAGGUGUCGAGGACACCUGAUUUGGAUGUCAAGGCCAUUCUGACUCGCCCGGGCAUCGCCGACAUUCAUCUUGGCGAUGGAAGCUCCGCGAGCCUGAACGUGUCGACCGGACAUAUCAUUAGGCGCUCUGUACCCAUCGUUGGCGGAAUUCGCGCGGUUGCAAGUUUUGAGGAGACCGGGUCCUCGCCAGCAACCAGGGGCACUGUGGGCGUCCGAGAAGAUGGUUCCCCGGUCAGGCCAUUUAAGGAUAGCAACGGGUUCUUGGUGACUACCAGUGCGGAUGGCCGGGUUCUCGGCUGGAUGGUCCAAGACAACAAGUCUCCCGUGUGGGAGUUUGUGCCCCCUGCUGGUCAAAGAGUGAUCAGUGCCACUGCCCGUCCCGUACACGACCCAGUUGCGUCGAUCGGUAAAGUCCUUGGAGACCGGUCCGUCUUGUACAAAUACCUCAACCCCAACCUGGCUCUGGUGACCGCUGUGAACGAGAAGGACCACACCGCCAGCUUUCAUCUGCUGGACGGAGUUUCGGGCAAAGUGUUGCACGCCGUCACACAUACAGGCGUGGACCCGUCGCAGCCGAUCGCGUCCGCAAUGUCGGAGAAUUGGUUCGCCUACUCGUUUUGGGGCGAUGUCACCAGCGAGACCUCCGCCAAGGGCUACCAGCUCGUGGUGUCCGAGCUCUUCGAAUCGCCUCUGGCCAACGACCGCGGCCCUCUUGAUUCUGCCGGUAACUACACCAGUCUCGCCAGCAGUGGCACCGAAAGCCUCCCGUUGCCACAUGUCGUUUCCCAGGCCUUUAUCAUCCCCGAGCCCAUCUCCCACAUGGCCGUCACCCAAACCCGCCAGGGUAUUACGGUCCGUCAGCUCCUCUGCACUCUGCCGGCCUCCAACUCUAUUAUCGGCAUCCCCCGACACGUGCUCGAUCCCCGCCGCCCCGUCGACCGAAGCGCCACUCCAGCCGAAACCGAAGAGGGCCUGUUCCAGUACACACCGUUCCUCUACUUCGAUGGUAAAUGGUACCUCUCGCACGCGCGCGACGUCGCCGGCAUCAAGGACAUCCUGUCCUCUCCAACUUUGCUCGAAAGUACCAGUCUGGUGUUCGCUUAUGGCGGCGAUAUCUAUGGCACCCGUGCCACGCCCAGUCAGGCGUUUGAUAUCCUGGGCAAGGGUUUCUCGAAGUUGCAGCUGGUGCUUACGGUGGUUGCGUUGGCGGUGGGCGUUGCCAUUUUGGCUCCCAUUACUCGGAGGAAGCAAGUCAACACGCUGUGGAAGGCUAUUUAG